AUGGCCCUUGAGGGACUUUAUGAGAUUAUGAAAGGCCAUGCCACAGGCACCAGAGAUUUGCACAUCCUUGAUGGAAUGCCUAACGGAAAGAACUAUUUCACUCUGGUUACAAAGGAAUUCUUCCAAUCAAACCCAAACUGCAUUGGAAAGGACGACGCUACUGAUGAUGUGCUUGCAUUCACCUCCCUGGUCUUGUCGUACGCCAAAGCCGUGAGUGACGAUCUGAAGGCAGACAAGAGCCCUAAGCUGCGUACUGCAUUCAUGCCCAGAACCGAUUUCAACACUUUCUUCAAACAAGUCGAGUCAAAGCUUCCUGGUAAUGACCUUUCUCUCUCUUCAACAUUUUCGCCUGCUACAAGACAAACAACAAAGGCCAGGUUUCGUAAGAUUGAUACUGCCCUUUGCUCUGGAAAGGCAUCAGAACCGAAGCCCAACAACAAAUUUGGCGGUCUGGGAUUCAAAAAUCCCGCUGCCAUCCCUCAUGCAACUAUGAAAAUCAAAUCCUGGAUUGAAGGCAUUGGCAAAUCAUCUGGCUCCACCGACAUGCUGUCUACAUUUGACAAACCCAUUGAUGGUUCCAUUGGAGGCAUUGGGACAAAAAUGGAGUCUAUGUUGAGUGCAAAGCGACAGGUACCUUUGUUUGAAUUCCAGGGUCUUAAUACAGUCCAGACAAAUCAGCUUGAAUCAUGGACAAACAAGGUUGACGCCACUAUUCAAGAUAUCCACAAGAAGCACAAGGAUGCGCCUUAA